AUCUCAAUCUCUUCAACUUUAAUUUAUUUUUCUUGUUUUUAUUCCGACCCAUUAUCUUAAUUUGAUCAUAUUUCGUGUCUCUUAUUCAUUUAAACGUGUUGGUUAUAUUAUAUAUACGCAUAUGUGAUAUAAAGUUUGCAUCUUUUUCGUGUUUAUGAGAAGCCCUUUUCCCCAAAUUAGGAUCUCUAGGGUUUGGUGAAUUGAUGGAGGCUGGUGGUUCUGAAGGGGAUCGUACGGGUGAUGGGUCAGUGAAGCCUAAGAGACAGAUGAAAACACCCUUCCAAUUGGAGGCUCUGGAGAGGACUUAUGCAGCUGAGACAUACCCUUCAGAGGCUACAAGAGCAGAUCUUUCAGUGCUAUUAGGGUUAACAGACCGGCAACUGCAGAUGUGGUUUUGUCACCGAAGGCUGAAAGAUAAGAAGGAAGGGGCUGCUAAGAAUCAGCUAGCAACUCCUGUGGCAAGGAAGGGUUCUUUUGAUUCUCAUACAGAUGAAUUAAAGGUCGUUGAGCUGGGUAGGGAUAAUGGUUCAGGGUCACGGUCGAGGUCAGGUUCAGGUUCGGAUUCCAGUCAGUUCAGUGAUCCUGAAGAUAUGCCAUUGAGGUGGCAAUAUGAGUUGUCACCACAGUCUGCUAAGGUGCAGAGGGUGAUAAGUUGCAUUGAGGCACAGUUGGGAGGCCCGCUGAGGGAAGAUGGACCGAUAAUUGGAGUAGACUUUGAUGAGAUUCCUCCAGGUGCAGAUAGAACAUCUAUAGGGAGGAUGGAGCAUCGGGAAAGAUCCAAAAACUCUCAUGAUGGCCAGUUAUAUGAGAGAGCUAAACCCAGUAAAAGCAAAGCUGCAUUGGGCGGUGUUUGUGAACCUGCUGAACUUAAUAACAAAGCUGAUGGAUAUAGAAGAAGUCCAUCUAACUUUUAUGAUUUAUCUCCGGAUAACCCCAGUUCAAAAAGAUCAUUCAUGCAAGGAAACAAACAAUGGUCUAGGCAAUAUGUUGCUCAAGUGCAGGUAUCGGGUGUUGGCCAGUUUUCUCAAGAAGGGAAGCAGGCACAGUUUUUGUCAUCUUCUGUGGGUAAUGAUUAUUUUCAAAAUGCUGAAGAACCCUUGCCAUUGGGGAAGAAACGGAAGAAUGAAGAUAGAAUAGAUAUGGAAGUUUCCCAUGAAAAAAAGUCUCGCAGAGAUCUUGAGAAAGAAGAUCUUCUAAGAAGAAAGAGAGACGAGCAGAUGAAGAAGGAAAUGGAAAAGCAAGACCGUGAAAGGAGAAAGGAGGAAGAGAGAUUGCUUCGAGAAAAGCAGCGGAGGGAGGAAAAAUAUCAGCGGGAGGAAAGACGUGAGCAUGAACGGAGGGAGAGAUUUCUGCAGAAGGAGCUUUUGAAAGUUGAAAGAAAGAAACAAAUGGAAGAAGUUCGUAGAGAAAGGGAGGCAGCUAAACAGAAAAUUACAAUGGAGAGGGCUGCACUACGCAGAAUUGCCAAGGAAUCUCUGGAGCUGAUCGAGGACGAACGCCUUGAGUUAAUGGAAUUGGCUGCCUCAAGCAGAGGGUUGCCUUCAAUUGUUGCCCUUGACUAUGAAACUUUGCAGAAUCUUGAGUCAUUUAGAGAUCAAUUAUGCACAUUUCCUCCAAAGUCUGUGCAUCUGAAAAAACCCUUCUCGAUUAAACCUUGGAAUGAUUCAGAGGACAACAUUGGGAACCUUUUCAUGGUAUGGAGAUUUUGUAAUACCUUCUUAGAUGUUCUUGGGCUUUGGCCAUUCACGCUGGAUGAGUUUAUUCAAGCUUUGCAUGAAUAUGAUUCAAGGCUGUUGGCUGAGAUCCACAUUGCUCUCCUUAAAUUAGUAGUAAGAGAUAUUGAAGAGGGAGCAAGAACGCAAUGCGGCGGGACAGGGACAAAUCAAUAUACUGCUGCUAAUCCUGAAGGUGGACAUCCUCAGAUUGUGGAGGGGGCUUUUAAAUGGGGUUUUGAUAUCCGCUACUGGAAGAAGCACUUGAACCCACUAACAUGGCCUGAAAUCUUGCGACAGUUUGGACUAUCGGCAGGAUGUGGGCCACAGUUGACUAAAGGGUCUGAAGAAAAUGCAAAUUUGCAUGAUAAAGAUGAGGCUAAAGGUUGUGAAGAUGUGGUUUCCAUGCUCCGUGAUGGUUCUGCAGUAGAAAAUGCAGUGAAUGUGAUGAAAGAAAAAGGAUUACCCCAGCAGCGUAAAAGUAGAAAUCGGUUAACUCCUGGCACAAUCAAAUUUGCUGCGUAUCAUAUCCUUUGCCUUGAAGGUAGCAAGGGUCUAACACUUAUAGAACUGGCAGACAAGAUUCAGAAAUCAGGACUCCGUGACUUAUCAACCAGCAAGACACCAGAUGCCACUGUAUCUGUUGCGUUAUCUAGAGAUCCGACUCUUUUUGUAAGAAUAGCUCCGUUAACCUACUGUGUGAGGCCUGCUUUUAGAAAGGAUCCGGCAGAUGGUGAAGCAGUAAUUGCAGCUGCCAGGGAUGAAAUACAGAAAUUUUUGAAUGGCUCUUUGACAGAGGAAACUAAUGGCGAUGCUGAAAAGGAUGAUGACUCUGACUCUGAUAUUGCUGAUGGCCUAGAAGGUGAUGAGAUAGCUACUCCAGUCGGUGUGAACAAGAUUAGUGAUGAUUUUAAAGAAUCUGGAACUUUGUUGGCAACUUCAAACAAUAGUUCUCACCAUGAUAUGCAAUCAACCCUUAAAAGCAAUCCUGAUACCGCUGGUCAUCACAUUAAUCAGUGUUAUGUCACUGGAAAAGAUGAUGCUGAAAGCGAUCAUUUUCAAGGAUUAAUGGGGGUUGAUGAAAGCAACUCUGGGGAGCCAUGGGUUCAGGGACUUACUGAAGGAGAAUAUUGCGAUCUCUGUGUUGAGGAGCGUCUUUGUGCCCUUGUUGUCUUGAUUUCUGUGGUGAAUGAAGGAAACAUUGUUCGUGCAGUUCUUGAGGAUCGACUAGAUGCUGCAAAUGCUCUAAAAAAGCAAAUGUGGUCAGAAACACAAUUAGGCAAAAGGCGCAUGAAAGAAGACAAUUUAGCUAAAUUCAAUGAUUUUUCUGUAACUGCUGCAGCGGACAGCAGCCAGAGCCAGUUAAGAGUUGUCCAAAACAGAGUUGAUGAGUUGGCUCUUGUGGUUAGUGAGGCGCAUCCUGUUGACCUAGAAAAUGUCCACAAGGAUGAUAAUUAUCCUAAUGGGGUUGUUAAUGAAAGAUCAUUGAUUGUACAUGAUAGCUGUAUUAGUCAGAUUAUUCCUUCAAUUCAGCAUGAUGCAUUAAAAUCAGAAAGGUCAAGGAUGCAGCUGAAAUCCUAUAUUGGUCACAGAGCAGAAGAAAUGCACGUGUACAGAUCCCUGCCUCUGGGCCAGGAUCGUAGACAUAAUCGUUACUGGAAAUUUGUUGCAUCUGGUUCUAGACAUGAUCCUGGUUCUGGUAGGAUAUUUGUUGAAUUAUGUGAAGGCUACUGGAGGCUUAUUGAUUCUGAAGAGGCAUUUGAUGCUCUUUUGAUGUCCUUGGAUACUCGCGGACUUAGGGAGUCUCACUUGCACAUAAUGCUGCGACACUCUGAGACUUCAUUCAAGGAUAAUCUACGAAAGAAUUUGCAGUCUUCUUGUGAUGAAACUGGUACUGUUCCUAAAGUUGAACCCACUGAAUUGAGUUCUAAUGCACUUUGCAUAUAUAGCGGCAAAAGGGAUUCAAAUUCAGACAUGGAGUCAUCAUCUCUUAGAGUUGAGCUUGGGAUUAAUGAAACUGAGAAAAUCAAUGCUUUUAGAAGGUAUCAAGAUUUGGAGUCAUGGAUGUGGAAGGAGUGCUUCAAUUCAUCGAACCUAUGUGCCAUGAGAAAUGGGCAAAAAGCCAUCACACCCGUGUUAUGGAUUUGUGAUUUUUGUCUCAACACCUUUAUACUUAAAGAGCACAAUUGUCCUUCUUGCCAAAGGGAAAUUAGUACAUUUGGUAACAGGUUUACAUAUCUGGAACCGGCUAUCCAAUCUGAAGACCAGAAGGAAAUCAACUUCAGGAAUCCAGUGGUUUCAGAUCCGUUUUUCACCUUCAAAAUCAGAAUGAUGAAGUCCCUGUUGGCUUUUGUUGAGGUGUCUGUUUCAUCUGAGGCUUUUCAAUCUUUUUGGUCGAGAGGCAGGAGGAACUGGGGCUUGAACUUGCAGAAUGCAUCUUCUGUCGAAGAUAUUCUUCAGAUCCUGAUACAAUUUGAGGGUGGUAUAAAGCGAGAUUGGUUAGCAUCUGACUUUGAGACGACUACAGAAUUGAAUUCUUGUGCUUUUCCGGGAAAGAUUGUGACACAAUCUGAUAAAUCAGUUGCUCAGCUUCCCUGGCUACCUAGAACCUCUGCAGCUGUUGCUCUGCGUCUUUUUGAGCUCGACUCCUCCAUUUUCUACAGUGAACAUCAGAAAGCCGAGGCUUAUAGUAUGACAGAAAUUGCAAAGUUUGAGCUUCCGACCAAAUUUGCCAAUAUGAAGGAUGUCCAGCAUGUCGAACUGACGGGUGUACACCAAAGGGAAAACAAGGCUAGCUCAGGUGCAAUGCGUGGUAUUUCUGCUUGCAGGCAAGCAAUUUCCAGUCGUGGUGGUGCUCAGCCUCGCGGUAGAGUGCAGAAAAAAAUUCACAAGUCUAGAUCUAAACCUGUCAGGCGUAGUAAUAAAGUCAAAAAGACAAUGGCACCGGGAUUCAUGCAGCAGGAGAAGAAAGCGUACUAUCAGAAGCAGGGCCAUGGAUAUAAUCAUGGACCCAGAACUGUAAGAAAGAGAAGAGAGACUAUGGAUGUUGAGGAGAUGCAACUGGGUCACUUUGUAGAACUCCAGGAACACAGAUCUCUUGAUGGCAUCGGCAUCUCACAUUCACCAAACAAUGCUAAUAUGAAAUGGGUUGAAGAAAGUGGGAAAUUACAAGAUGCUGGUACUGGUAACUGUGACAGUACGGAAGCAAGUGAAUCUGAUGAAGGUGCCGAUGCAACAAGGUAUAGACACCUGCACGUGGAGCCGAGUUUUGGUGCCCCUUCUGAUAGAAGUGCCAGGGACAUGGUUGAAACUAGCGAUGAUGAUGCAGAGAUUGAUGACGUUCAUGACUAUGAGGAUGAUAACAAUAUUGAUGAUGUAAUUAUGAAUGAUGGCCCUCAUGGUAACAACGUUGAAAGCUUGGAAACUUCAGGUGAUUACAGUGACUCAAGUGGAAUGGACUGAGUACAGUGACUCAAGUUGGAGUCCAUUGCUCCUCCUCCGGCACAGAGUUGGCCAUGUACUUUUUUGCCAACUUACUAUUUGUUCAGCCCCUUAAAUGGUUGGUAUUGUUUAGUCAGCUUCCUAUUCGUUCAGCCCCUUGAUGGUUGAUCUUGUUUAGUCACAAGUUAAUUAUAAUUUGGUGUCUUCUUUUAGAGAGGAUCAGCAUACAUCGGAAAUAGUACAAUUACAGAAAGUGAGAAUAUAAUUACAGUAGUGUAUUACAAUGUAUAUUUUUGUGUACCAGUUUAUCUACCUUUCUAUCUG